AUGGUGAGCUCGUCCGACUCCCACCGCCGCCGCAAGAAGGAUAAGGACGCAGACCGCGACCGCGACCGCACCAGCCCAAGAAGCAAGGACAAGGACAAGGACCAGGACAAGGAUCGUGACCGUGACCGUGACCGUGACCGUGACCGUGACCGCGACCGCCAUAAGCGCAAGUCACGCUCAUCGGCAUCCAAAGAGGACGAACCCGAGCACGACCGUCUCCGCGAGCGUUCCUCGAGGGAGCGCAUCAGCCGCACCUCGUCGUCGUCCACCGCCUCAAAGUCGCUCAAGAUGGCCGUCGUGCCUGAACUCACGCGCCGCAGCUCCCUGAACUCGGCGAGCCAGUCUAGGAUCAGCUUGCCGUAUCCCUCGCUCGACAAGACGUACAGCAAGGAGAGCAUCUACGCUAGAGAAGACGUGGACAGGAGGAAGGCAGCCAUGACCCCAGACCUCACCGAUGUCGACGGCUCACAGGGCGAGAGGAAGAAGGAUGCAUCUCCAGCCGUGCCGCCCACGCCCACACGCGCACCUCCCCCGCCACCGCGAGCGCCGCCGAGCCCUCCCCUCACCGCGACGACAGCAGCAGACCUGCGAAAGACCGCGAGUGCCAACAGCACGCGAAGGAACUCGGAAGCACUGCAUCGCGAGAUGGAGUCAGGCAGGCAGAGCGUGGACAGCGGCACCCGUGUGACGACCCCGGCAGGGCAGCGGCACACAGCGUCGCGUUCGAGCAUCAGGGAGCAGGACUCCUUGACAGACCUGACCUCGACUACAGGCUCUCAGCCCAGCACCAUCCGUGCAAAGUCACCCAGAGCCAAAUCACCUCACGCAGUCCCCACAAGGACCAAAACAGCAAGCCCAGCAGGCGGCCGUACCCACAGGAGCUCGAACCCGAAGACAUACAAGACGCGGACGAAGCCAAGAGGCUCGUCCGAAUUGACUCUCGAUUCAGAAAACACCUCGGUGCCUCUCUACCAUGCCCGCCGAACGCGGUCUCCCGCCUACUCUGAUGCCUCACCUGCGUCCGUCGUCGACUCAUCCCCACGGACACCGACCCAGCACUCCGUCCUUCCUUCUGUCAUCUUCGACGAAAAAGACAGGCCAGCUAGUGUCGAGAUUAUGGACCCCAUCUCUCGUGAAUCGUCGGUCAACCCUGGGUACGGGUCGCCCAUGCCACCACCUCCACCGCCGCCCCCGCCGCCCCCGCCGCCAGCGCCAGCAAUGAUGGGGGAACCGCCGCGCGUUGACUACCUUCUCCAGAAUGGCGGUUUGCCACGACCGAUUCCACGAAGCUUGCUGGGCGCCGUAGAGGGUGCAUCUGUCCCAGCCUACUCGGCCUACAUGUCGCCCACGACAACAGGUGCUCAAGGCCACGAUGUUCGAGCCCUGUUCAGGCCGCUCGAGAACGUGCUGAACAACUACAACACCGUCAUAGACACGAAUGGGUCUCUUGCCGUCGCCACUGGAUAUCGGUCCGUCGCGCGGCGUCUGCUUGAUCGCCUUGAAAACGUGUUUGCCCGCAACAUCUCUUCGGAGCACUGUCAAUGCUUGAUGUGCUUCGACCAGCCGGCGCCAGAAGAGAACGCUGGCGUCAACUGGGGUGAGAUUCUGGAGCUCGUCUCCGGGCGCUGUGAGCUACCCACCUGGCCACCCUACAACGACCCGGUGGCGCCCGGCCUGGGCAUCUCCGAGCUUGGAGAGCCUUGUCAGCAGAUUGACGUUGACGUGCCAGAUCAGUACCGAGCGCACUACGAGAAGCAAGCGAAGAAGACCAAAUCCUCGGUCCAAUCCUGGCUGACCGACCAGCAAGACAACUCUCCGGAAGAGGCCGACGAUGAAACGUUGUCUUUCAUCAUGCUCACCCGUCUGGAUCAGCCGCAACGUCCGCUGUUCUACGCCCUUCUUUGGGGCCUCGAGAAGCUGCCCUCGCCCCGGACGCAGAAGCCUGAGACAGGCACGCCGCCCCACUUGACCAAGGCUGGGCUCGCGCUGCAGCGACUGUACCGGCUCCACAAGGAGCCACGCGAUCAACUUACGGUCAUGUAUCUGAUUCGCAACCCAGACAUGCACAACAUCUUGGCGACUUUGGCAGCGGUGACGAAGCAUGAGUGGGAGAUUCUCGUGUCUGGGCGGUUUGACGGCUUCCUCUGGUCGGGUGCCGAAGACCUGAUGCCUGGCCAGAUUCCGCCCACGGACGGGCCGCAACGAUUCGCGUCGCCGAGCCCAGGCCAGCCAGGUCAAACGUUCAGCCCGGGGCCCUACCCUCGGCCUGGGUCAGCGCGUCCGGGGUCGGUACGGCCCGGGUCAGUACGACCAGGAGGCGGGCCAGCGCCCGUGCAAGUGGACGAGGAGACGGAAGUGGCGGUGCUGGCGGAGAUUGAGCGCGAAAUCUAUCUGGGGAUGGAGGCGAUGGAAGACGCGUUUGAGCAUCUGCACAACCAGGCGGAACAGGUCCGCCGACGGCUUCGGGAGCGUGCUGCUGCGCUGUCGAUGGUGGCACAGCAACGACGAGGGGCUGGGAUGGAGUGCAUUGAAGUCAGGAUGAACACGCCUGCGGGGUUCAUGGAGCAGGACGAGAGCCUGGAUGAGCUCCGAAGCGAGAUUGGGCCUGACGACUCGGCCAGCAACGUCAGCCACAACCGGCGGAGAAAGGCACACCGAGCGCGCGAGAGGCGGACGCCAGCGCCUGUGGAGGAGGAGAGCGAGGAGGAGAGCACGCUCGCGGAGAGGAUUCGGCGACGGUACUGA